AUGACUGAGGAUCCAGCUAUUCAGGCCCUUUUCGGGCCUGCCCCGUCAAAUGUCGACCUCUCUGACAGCGCGGUAUCUACUAACAAUGCCGCGGUUAUUGCGAUGCUUUGUCUUGCUGCCGUGGCAGUGAUGCUUCGUUUCACGGCACGCAUUAUUCUUCGAAAUGCGUUGAUGGUGGAUGACUGGGCAAUUAUCGCGGCCUUGGUUCUUAUAGGCGCCACCACCGGACUGAGCGUGGCAGGCGGCACUACCGGCGCUGGAAGUCACAUUUGGGCGGUUACUCUAGAACAACUGGAGCACUUGUACAGACUCCUAUUCAUUUACACCUUUCUGUAUGCCGCUUCAUGUACUUGCACCCGAAUUUCCAUCAUCUUCUUCUACAGACGAGUCUUCUCGCCACUGGAAACGCCUCUAAAGGCCGCCCUUUUUUUCGCCGGCUUCCUCACAAGUUCUUACCCCAUCAUUAUCUGGGUGACGAUGGGAAACUCCUGCAAACCAGUAUCCCAUUUCUGGACUCAGUUCAGUGGCACGACCGGGGAAUGCAUUGACGUCGACCAUUUUUUCCUCGCAUUAGGAAUCAUCAACAUGCUGAACGAUUUCAUAAUUCUGGUGAUCCCCUUCCCCCGAAUCGUCAAGCUGCAGAUGAAUAGUCGGAAGAAGGCAGCAAUUUGCGCCAUUCUAGCAGUGGGAAUCUUUGUCUGCGUCGCCAGUAUCGUCAGAAUCUACUACUUAUCCGUAUUCAUGAGCUCUGUCGACCUGACAUGGCUGAUGGGCCCCGUCUUCAUUUGGUCAACAAUCGAACCCUGCGUUGCAGUCGUCUGCGCCUGUCUACCCCAUCUCGCACCCCUCGCCCGCCUCGCCCACCGAGCAAUUCUCUCUAGCUACCAAUCGCAGAACUCCACACAUAAGUCUGAAGAGAGAUUGCGAAGACUUCCUAGUGGGUCUGGUCAGAGCAAGCAACGGAAUAAGUUCCGUAAGGAUGGACCUACGUUUGAUUUUGGACUUGAUCAGAUGAAAAGGAGCGCGAAUGAUGAUGAGAUCGGCCUGACAAACUAUGUUAGUGCGGCUCCGAAUGAGGGGAAAUAUCCGCAUCCUUUUGUUGAGUCUGUGGAUGAGGAUUUGGGACGCGAUGGUUCGAUUGCUGUUCAGUCUAGUUUUAUGCAGUCUACUUCGACGAGGCCUUCGUUGUAG